AUGCUAUCUGUGCGCAUCCAACUCUCAAAUUUAUUCUCUCCUUCUCUCUCUCUCUCUCUCUCUCUCUCUCUCUCUCUCUCUCUCUCUCUCUCUCAUUUCAUUCAUUCUCUUUUCGUCUGUUCUCUGUUUCUAUUUUGGAUUAUUCUUAUUAUCUUUCUUACUUCCAACGAAUUUUUUUCUCUUUUGUUGAUUUCCAUUUCUCUCUUCCCCGCUCUCUCUCUCCCCAUAAUCACCCUCUCUCUCUCUCUCUCUCUCUCCCACUCUCUUUCUCUGACUCCUUCUCUCUAUCAUUCUACGUUUCUACAAUGUCAUUUCUCUCUCACUCUCUCUACUUCUCUUUCGUUCUUCUUCAUUUUUAUUUCUCUUAAUAUCGGUCUGUCGUCCGGAUACACCUCUCCCCCCCUCUCAGCUCUGAUUCUUUCGUUCUCAAUUUUAUUGUCUCUUUCUUCCAUUCUUGCUUUCGCUCUCACACAUCCUCUCCCUCUCGGUGCUGUCUCUCUCUCUCUCUCUCUCUCCCCAAUUCUUCUCCAUCUCCCCUUUCGCAUUGUUCAUUAUCUAUCUAUCUAUCUAUCUAUCUAUCUAUCUAUCUAUCUCAAGUUUCUUCACAUCUAUCUCACGUUUGUUCAUAUCUAUCGAACUCUGUUCAUAUCUAUCCAUCUAUCCCCGUCUUUCAGAUCUAUUAUUUGUAUGCAUAUAUCUCUAUCUCCAUCUCUCUCUCUCUCUAUCUUUCUAUCUAUCUAUAUCAGUCUUUUCAUAUCUAUCUAUAUCAGAUUUUUUAUAUCUAUCUAUCUAUCUAUCUAUCUAUCUAUCUAUCUCUCUCUCUCUCUCUCUCUAUAUAUAUAUAUAUAUAUAUAUAUAUAUAUAUAUUUAUCUCAGUCUUUUCUUAUCUGUCUACCCAUCUCAUUUGUCUGUUCAUAUUCAUCUAUCUAUCUAUCUCAGUCUUUUUUAUCUAUCUAUCUAUCUCAGUCUAUUCAUAUCUAUCUAUCUAUCUAUCUAUCUAUCUAUCUAUCUAUCUAUCUAUCUCAGUCUUUUCUUAUCUAUCUAUCUAUCUAUCUAUCUAUCUAUCUAUCUCAUCUUUCCUUAUCUAUCUAUCUAUCUAUCUAUAUCAGUCUUUUCUUAUCUAUCUAUCUAUCUAUCUAUCUAUCUAUCUAUCUAUCUAUCUAUCUAUCUGAAUAG